AAGGAAAUAGGUUGCCCCAAGUUGCUAUUUUCAUUUCCUCAUGGGAGGAAGAAGCACAGAAGAGAAUAAAGGCUAGACACAAGCAUUGAACCUCUGCCACCAUGGGAAACUGGGCUGUGAAUGAGGGUCUCUCCAUCUUUGUUAUUCUGGUAUGGCUGGGCUUGAACGUCUUCCUCUUUGUCUGGUAUUACCGAGUUUAUGAUAUUCCACUUAAGUUCUUUUACACUCGAAAACUUCUUGGGUCAGCACUGGCCUUGGCCAGGGCCCCUGCGGCCUGCCUGAAUUUCAACUGCAUGCUGAUCUUGUUGCCAGUCUGUCGAAAUCUGCUCUCCUUCCUCAGAGGUUCCAGUGAGUUUUGCUCAACAAGAAUUCGAAGACAACUGGACAGGAACCUCACUUUUCAUAAAAUGGUUGCAUGGAUGAUUGCACUUCACACUGCAAUUCACACCAUUGCACAUCUAUUUAAUGUGGAAUGGUGUGUGAAUGCCAGAGUCAACAAUUCUGAUCCUUAUUCAAUAGCACUGUCUGACAUUGGAGAUAAGCCUGGUGAAACUUACCUCAAUUUUGCUCGAAAGAGAAUAAAGAAUCCUGAAGGAGGCCUGUAUGUGGCUGUGACUCGGUUGGCAGGCAUUACUGGAAUUGUCAUCACACUGUGCCUCAUAUUAAUUAUCACCUCUUCCACCAAAACCAUCCGGAGGUCUUACUUUGAAGUAUUUUGGUACACACAUCAUCUUUUUGUGAUCUUCUUCAUUGGUCUCGCCAUCCAUGGAGCUGAGCGAAUUGUACGUGGGCAGACUCCAAAGAGUUUGCAGGAGCACAAUCCAAAAAAAUGUUAUCAAAACAUCUCAGAUUGGGGGAAAAUAGAGGACUGCCCAGUCCCUCAGUUCUAUGGCAAUCCUCCUAUGACUUGGAAGUGGAUUGUGGGUCCCAUGUUCCUGUACCUCUGUGAGAGGCUUGUACGGUUUUGGAGAUCUCAACAGAAGGUGGUCAUCACCAAGGUGGUGACUCAUCCUUUCAAAACCAUCGAACUACAGAUGAAGAAGAAGGGAUUCAAGAUGGAAGUGGGACAAUAUAUUUUUGUCAAGUGUCCCAAGGUUUCCAAGCUGGAAUGGCACCCUUUCACACUGACCUCUGCACCUGAGGAAGACUUUUUUAGCAUCCAUAUCCGCAUUGUUGGGGACUGGACAGAGGGACUGUUCAAUGCUUGUGGCUGUGAUAAGCAGGAGUUUCAAGAUGCCUGGAAAUUACCUAAGAUAGCUGUUGAUGGACCCUUUGGCACAGCCAGCGAAGAUGUGUUCAGCUAUGAAGUGGUGAUGUUAGUGGGAGCAGGGAUUGGGGUCACACCCUUUGCAUCCAUUCUCAAGUCAGUCUGGUACAAAUAUUGCAAUAAUGCCACGAAUCUGAGGCUCAAAAAGAUCUACUUCUACUGGCUCUGCCGGGACACACAUGCCUUUGAGUGGUUUGCAGACUUGCUCCAGCUGCUGGAGACCCAGAUGCAGGAGAGAAACAAUCCUGGCUUCCUCAGCUAUAACAUCUACCUCACUGGCUGGGAUGAGUCACAGGCUAAUCACUUUGCUGUGCACCAUGACGAAGAGAAAGAUGUCAUCACAGGCUUGAAACAAAAGACUUUGUAUGGACGGCCCAACUGGGAUAAUGAGUUCAAGACAAUUGCGAGUCAACACCCAAAUACCAGAAUAGGAGUUUUCCUCUGUGGACCUGAAGCCUUGGCUGAAACCCUCAGUAAACAAAGCAUCACCAACUCUGAGUCUGGCCCUCGGGGAGUGCAUUUCAUUUUCAAUAAGGAAAACUUCUAAUUGGUUUCUUUCAUGAGAAAAUAUAUGUGUGUUAUGCUAUUGAAUGCCCAAAUAAUGCUAGCUGAUUAUGUAAGUUCCCCCCUAAAAAUGGAAAAAAAGAAAUUCUAAUGUGAAGGUUUUCCCUGAAAGGAAUGUCAGAUUGUUUGGUUGUGAUAAUUAGCAUUUGAAUGGGGCUUUAUCGUUUUCAGACCACUUUUAUAAACAUUUUUUUUUCUUCUAUCACUCGUGCCAGAGAAAGGUAGGGCAAGGAUUCCUGGAGUUAGUUUUUAGGAUAAAAAACAAAACGGGGACUCACAAAUGAUGAAGUAACUUCCUGAAGUUUAUGAAGCUAGGAUGCAUCUAGGCCAUCUGACUCCAAAUUUGUUAGUCUUCCCACAAUAUCAGGCUACCUGGAAAUGGGUUUGUAUAUUCCCCAAAGGGAGAAGCAAACCAGAAAGUAGCUAUUCAUUUUCCAUUUUGUAUCAUCUUUGUUCUCAUUGUUGUCAUGUGGAAGGAAAUAAUAUAUGCUGAGAAUGACUCAACACUUAACAUUAACAUGAUUGAUAUUUGUGCAUACUUCAGUUUACCAAUAGAUCAUAUUAAUUGUGUCAGAUAUUCUUCUUACAAAAGAAUAUUAGAUUAACUGGAAUUGAUGUAUUACCCAGCAUAUACAAUCAUGCUUGGCAAAGAGUAGAUAGAUACUCAAUGAAAAUCUGUUGAAUGAAUGAAUGAAAAGACAUUUAAAACCAUAUAAUGCUAGGGUAGAAUUAAUUUAAAACCUUAAAAAGAAUUCUCUAAGGAAAUAAUUUUUGUUACUCUUAUAGGCCAAAGGAACAUGAUGCUCCUGAAGGUAGGGAACAGGCUAAGGAUAGUAACCAAUAGGGUGUCCUGGAGGUUCCCUCACAUUCAUAUUUGAAGCAUUGAGAGAAGGUAGAUGGAGGCAGAGAAAGGACCUUCUACUGUAACGCAAGCUGGUUUCUCUAGUCUUGCUGUCUGUGUUAUGAAAGAAAUGCAAAAUGAAAUGAUCUCCAACCACUUGUGAAUUUAAAAUUAAGAAUUAUGACAAAUAUGUAUCUGAUAUGUCCAUCUGCUUUAAAUAACAUUACCCCUUGUUUUACUUAAAUACUCACAUUCAAAAAUGCUUCUUAUUGUGUGACUAAUGAUUUAUUGUUUUGUCAUCAUCAUCACCAUGAAAUUUAUAUCCUAGAAACUAAAAUACCCAGCUUAUCAUGUAGGUAUUGAAUUUACACUCAAUAGAAUGUUCUCGAUAUCUAAGUGUUCAAAAGAGAGUCUCCAAAUCAUUGUUAAUAUGGCCAGAAACAUUUUUUCUUUUGCUCUUGUAUCUGUGAACUAAAAAUAGUUUUCUUGGCCCAACCCUCUGGAGCCACAGAUAUUUAAAAUUAUUCAACUUCAGUAAGGAGGAAGAAAGAAAACUAAGCACGGGGAAAGGCAGAAGACAUGGUUUGGAAGAAAUGGGCUGGAAGGAGAAAAGAGAAUAAAAGAAUGAGAGAAAGUUAAAAAGGCAAAAGGUUAGGUUAGGGGAAAGGGACCUCACAUUGUUCAGUUUCUACCCCAGACUUAAAAGUCUUAUAUGUAAUGAAUGUAAUUGAAGGAAGCAUGCACAUACUCAUUUUAUUUUUAUUACAUAUGAUAUUGAAUAUGAAAUUCUUAUUACAAAUUUUGAUAUGAGUGAGCAUGUUAAGGGAACUGGGAUGAACUAGUAAGAACUCAGCUGUUCUUUUGGGUUCUCAGGAUGACCAGGACACUAACAGGUCAGGUCUGCUGCUGGUAUGUCAUCUUCCCAAAAUGUCCCAGGAAAGUUUCCACGUAGGUUCAGCCUGCUCACAUUGCAUAUUCAUUCAUUUAACAAAUCCAUUCAUUUAACAAAUUUUUAUUGUGCUAUUACAAUGACUAUGGCUCUAUCUUCCUGUUUUCAAUUCUUGACACCAAGUGUGAGGAAAGAGGGAACCACAUUUAUAAGGAAUCUUGGCUACCACUAACCUAUUGUAACAUAAAUAAAAUCAACUCCAUUGUUGCUCUGGCACUCUAAAGGGUUUUCUCCCUUUGGCACCUACAUGGUUACUAAAAUUGAGAAAUCUGUCCUUUGUUAACCUGGUUAUGAGAUUUAAAAAAAUGAGUAUAAAAGUGCUUGUCAUUUUUAGAGCUUUCUUCUUCAUGCUUCUUCCAAGCUACCAGUGCAUCUUUUUUUUUUUUUUAACAUUUAGUAUUUAGCAUUUAAUAACAAGUACUGAGAGAAUAACUAAGCAUUGUUUUAAUCUCAAGGCUCUAAAGACCUUUCUUAGUUUUUUGGUUUUUGCAAUAUUGCUUUUAUGAAAUUUUAAUGCUUGUAGGUAUGGUAUGUGAUUAUCCUGGGGGUCCCUGGGAGAUAAUUCUUAGGAAGAACUAUUGAAACUGUACUCAAUAUUAAAAUUAAUGAACUCUU